CCGGUAUCAUUAGUUGUUUUUCAAGUAAAAUUUGCAGUCAUUGGAAUCGUCUAUAAAAGUUGCUUAUGAACUCAGUAGUAGCCGUUGAUUUACAGACUCCUAAAUCAGUUAAGUAUGGCCCAUAAAGUCUACUUUUUUUCUCCCCAGUUCACACAGUCCGUACUCGAAUUAGAGACACUUGCCUCGUUCUUUUCGAUUGUCUUGAAUUGACGAAACUCAAUGUGAUAUGCAAAUUAUAUUCCGUGACCAAUUAAAUCUCAAGUAAUGUUCGAUGAAUUCUCAAAGUCUAACCGGAAAUCUUGAAACAAGAAGUCCAUCAUAAAGUUGCAGUCCAUCCAUUUCUCAUCAUGAAAGUUGCAAACACGUGGAGAUCGAUAGACGCCUACGAGAAGGCGAUACUGUCGUGUUUUAGUUGAUGUGUGGUGUACUGCAGAGGCAUUUCACCUUAAAAGGUAGAAGAGAGAUACUGUCAGCUACUUCCCGACACGUCAUAAUAGACUACAACUUCAUAGGCAAAAGUCCUGGUCGAGUCUUCGAUUUGUGUGAAGGUAAAUACGUUAUUCGUUCAGCAUGACUGAUUCCGCUGCAGUUGAUGAAGACUCUACACGCUGUUAUACUGUAAAGGAUGGAAACUGCUCCACGACCACGUCCCUAUAAUGAGACGACUCGCUCGACUGCCUUGUCAGUCAGGUGAACUUUAUUGCCGUCCAUCGCCCCCGUCUACUCUGAUAUUACCUUUUGUUUUUGUACACGCUGUGCACGAGUAGAGGACUGAACGAGAAAUAUCUGUAAGAAAAAUGAAGCCAUUCAAAAGAUGUUUGUGUUGACCCUUGCCUUGAUCGAGUUGACUUGUUAAGAUUGUACCCCCUAUUUAUUUAGAUUUGCACCUUUUCUUUUUUCUUUCUUAUUCAGGGUUACUACCUUUUUAGCCUCUUGCUAGCAGCGCUGCUCCUUAUUCUUGGCUGUUGAACUCGACAGUUGGAGGUGGCAAGGUGAAGUCGAUCAGCGAAAAAUGAUGCGAUCAACAACAACCCACCGUUUCCAAAAAAAAAAGAAGGAACGAAAAAAAUGACAACAAAUAAAAGAAGAAAUGGCCGUAUCCUACUAGUAACGUCUCUACUAAUUCAAGUACACCCGAGCGUGAAAGUGGUCCCUUUGAACAGUACAUGUACAACUUGAGGGGGGAAAAGUGAGAAGUUGACAAUCUUCCGGAUGUAGUACACACACACCCAAAUAAGUUUUCGUAACCAUUGAAAGUAACAAGUAAACGACAAAUUAUUUUUAGACUGACAACAGGAUUUUGAAAACUGUACCCCUGUAAACGUAAUAACGACAUUGGGGGAGGAGGUGGAAUAGUUUAAUCUGCCUAGGUGGAAACAAACUGAUUGUGACAGCAUAGACUAUUAUAUACUUUUAAACUGGUUGACUGCCAACUGAUCAAAACUCAUCCGCUAAAAACUUUUCUUUUCAUACAGCAGUCGACAACUUUCUUUUCCCACUUGGAAUAGACAACCAGGCCGCUGUGUGCACAAACACACAGUUGCAUUUCCAAAGUUUUGACGGCGACGUGUCAUCCCAGCGGCGCACGCCAUGCAGUUGAUCCCCCUUCGAUCCCUUUAUUUUAAACUCCUUACACGCUCGACGUAGUAGAGUUGUCUGUCAUCCAUCCAUCCAUCUAGGAGUGCUGCUGCGGAUGGAAUAGGAAAAAGUGGGGCGGAAUGAGGUGGGGAUCGACGGGGUGGAAGAAAAGACGUCGUCGACAUCGAAGCGGUUAGAGAGAGUUUUGGUGAUCAUCGAUCUACAUCAAAGGCGUCAACCAAAAAGCCGACGCGAUACGUGACAGGCAAGUCUCUGACAGUCGCCGCCAGGAGAGUCGAACGCCGCUUUUAUGGUGGAGGGAGAGAGAGGGAUUUAUAGCAGCAGUAAAGUGGGUUUAAUAAGGGAAAAGGGGGGGGGGGAGCUGGAUUGUGAUUGGCGGCCGUUGCGUCGACUCCGCCCGCUCCUACAACAGUGCGGGAUCGAAUCCACGGGCGGAGUCAACAUCCCAUUGGUUCCCUGCGUCUCCUUCCUGACGUCACCCUUAUGUACAACAUGAGAGAGAAGGUCUUCUAUACAUUUUCAAUUGACGGAUGGGAGAGGAGUCAAGGGAGGAUUUGGGUGGGGAGAGAUGGAAGGUGGAGAGGAGCUGAACGGUUACAAAUAGUCUCGCAAUCGUCCAAUCUGAUCGUAAACGUGAUCCGGAAAUCCCGCAAUCAAAUACUACACUCCCGCUUCUCUCCUCUAAAGUUUUGAUCGUUGAACAGAUACACGCAAACAUCGUUUAAGCAAAAACUCACCACAACAUCUCCGAGUAUACAACUGCAAAGUGAUCCUUCCAGCUUGUCGUCCCAAUCAAUUUGACCCAGCAGGCAGGCAGUACAUUGAUCCAAAAGAAAUUUUUUCCAGAAAUCCUGUCCUGCCGUUGAUGAUGGAGACGCGGAUCCUGAUGUCGUCGUCGACUUCGUCUGCCAGCAAUAGCAGCAAUUACGAAGAAAUGAUGCUGAACCGGAAGGAAUCAUCGUCGGUACAUCAUCUUCACCACCAAAGAAGCAACAACUCUUCGUCAGUGACGGCCAUCGGUGCCGGCGGUGGUAAUGGGGGACAUCAUCAUCAUCACCAUCAUUCACAUCACAAUCAAACGACUCAACUUCCACCGUCGUUGACCGUACAGAUGAGGCCUCACUCAACGCCGGCCACUCUCCUUUGGCUGGAAGAGAAUUAUGAAAUGGCUCAAGGAGUUUGCGUUCCACGCAACACCCUUUACCUUCACUACGUUGAUUUCUGUUCCAAACAUGGCAUGACACCCGUCAAUGCCGCAUCUUUCGGCAAGAUAAUCCGGCAGCAGUUUCCGCAAUUGACAACCCGCCGUUUGGGAACGAGAGGCCAAUCACGCUAUCAUUAUUACGGGAUCGCUAUACGAGAGAACUCUGCUUAUUACGAGCUCGUGUACUCUAAGAAAGGCCUACAAGCGACUGAAGAUAUUCGAAAGGAUCAUCUGAGACAGAUGCCUUCCUCUUGUUCGGCAAACCAGCAAGGAGGAAUGUCGUCGUCGUCGUCGUCUGCAAGAUCUUUGACAUCAUCGUCCUCGGCGGUGGGUACGAGCGGUGGCGGGAUGCCGGUUUCAGUGGCAGUGGCUCAAGCAGCCACGGCCGUCGCCCUGGCCACCCGCCUACCCGAGUUUCCUAAUUUACGUGAUUUGUGUCUACCGCCGGGUGGCAUCAGUGGGGGCGUGCCCGAGGAGCGCGUGGCUACAUUUAUUGUCAUGUACCGUGCACACUGUCAGCGACUCCUUGACACGAUUAUUCGGGGCAGUUUCCAAGAAGUGCAAACAUUCCUACUGCAUUACUGGCAAGGCAUGCCGCCUCAUUUGGUUGGUGUCCUAGGAAGUCACGUGGUCGUCAACAUUGUCGGCGUCUGCGACUCGAUCCUUUACCGCUCUGUGUGCAGCAUCCUCAUGUCUUCUGUUAUUCGAGGAUUGCCGGAAAAUUUGAUCCAAAUGAUUCGCAAAUUUGCGUCCGAACUGGAUUCUUGGCUUCAAGCCGCUUUGGAGGACUUGCCGGAAAAUUUGCGUGCCGUCAAAAUCGAUCUUGCGCGACAUUUUUGUCACAUGCUCAGGAGACAAAGUUCCCUCAAUCAGAUUUUUGGGACGGUGCGGUUAGCUUUACACGAUCCGCAAGUCAACAGCGUGUUGCUUCACGAUUGGCAACGUCAGGAUCUUCACGCCAUGACCAAAAGCGCACUGCAGGCGGUCAGCAAUUUUCAUUUGGGAGAUCACAGUCAACAGUUUCGUAAACGUCGUCCGACAGAUACCCAAUCCAUCAAUCCGGCCACAGUUGAAUUUAUUGCUGCCUUCGGCGGCGAGUUUGAACGCUUGUUGGCGGAGCAGGCGCCGUUGGAAGCCUACACUGAAUGGGUGGAGUCGAUUGUGGAUCGGUGCGUCCUCCAACAGCGCGGCCAUCAUCGCAGCAGACCCGCCUCUUCGUUGCGCCACUCGAUCCGCCAGUUUCUCCUUGUAUGGAUGGCUUUUAGCGGCCGUUUGCUGCGUGAGUUGACCGCACAGACCGCUGCCGGAUUCGAAACGUUUCAUUUGAUGCGCAUCAUGGUGGACGAUUAUUUCCUGUACCUGGUCGAGUUGUUGCACGUUGACGACAGAGCUCGUGAGCUCAUGCGUAACAUCACACUCGACAUUCCGCCAGAAUACCUGGACACUGACUAUGAAGGUUUCCUAGCCACCGUUUUUGCCAAUUUUGAUGUUUCACCAGAAUUGGCUGGCCUCGGUUCGGAUCAUUCAUCUUCCGCCAAUCGCCAUCUGACCGUGGGUGAACCACAUUACGCUGAAGUCGUGACGGACGAAGCCAAUCACAUGGAAACCGGAAGUCCCAGCAGCCAACAGCAACAAGUGAUUGUGGUCAACAAUACCAGCAACAAUGAUUACAACGGUCUACCGACCGAAUCUACUUCUGACACUGGAGCAUCAGAUGAAACGUUCACGGGCUAUGACUACGCAACCAACGUCAGACUUGCCAAUGGAUACAAAUUCACAAGUGGCGGUGGGCCUACCAAUACCGGAGUGUAUACGAGCUAUCCGGCGACUAAUACUCCGCCUGCAGCAUCUCAUCAAUUGAGUUAUUAUCCGAGUACUGGCUUUGGCGAUGUCUCAGCGUCGGCCGAACAGUAUACUAAUGGCUCGUACAACGCAGCCUAUCAGCAAUUCCACAUCCGACGGGACUUUAGCACCGAAGUUAUCCAUCAUCAGGUGCACAGCUGUUCAACCUCGGGUGGAAGUUCUACCGGAUUUUAUCCGCCUGAACAUCAGCAAUCACCACUGGUAAUCACACCAACAACAGGCACAAAUUACGUCACCACUGCCGGAAGCGGUGACUAUUACGGGACGGUCUAUGAUGUCACGUCGUCCGCUUCGUCCAGCAGUAGCACAUCUGUCUACGGAGACCUGAACGACCAGAAUCAUUCAAAAUUGAAGAAAAAUGAAACUGUCAUAGCACAACAGUCUUCAAGUAUCAUUAAUAGCCAGGCACAACCUGAGACGGAAUGUGGAGGUAAAGCGCCUGAAACAAAUACUUCAAGCAAUUUUCAUAUUUCCUCAGAACCCUACAUUCGUUCAUAAGAUGUUCAACUGUACUAUUUUGAUUGAAACCUAGUCGAUUUAUUUAUCCCAAUCUUUCGUAAAUGAUCUCAUUAUUGCCAAAGGACAAUUCGGCAAAUUAGUACAACAUUCGCCAGAAUCCCGAGUGAACACUUGGUCCCAGCACAAACCAAAAUUCUUAUCACUAACUAAAAAGUGGGCUUCUUCAUGUCUUAUUUGAUCAUUAUAGUCUGCGUAUACACUCCUUCCUUAUACUUCGGUACAUCAGUCAGAUGCUGGUCAAUGUUAAAUUGCACACGACUUUUUUUUUUCUAUCACUUAAAAUUUAUUUCGAUGGCUGGUUGUUUGGCCUUUUGCUGAAACUUCUAAUUAAGAACUAUUUCUUUCGUGUAUUCAGACUUUGGAGUGUUAAACAUAUUGCUGAUUUUCUUCUUGUGUGCAUGCUAUUAUCGUUCAUAAUUGAAAUCCUUUCAAUACACUUAUAUUUCGUUUGGA